AUGAGUGCUGAUCCCGCCAGCAACGAAGACCGCUCUGUGAAUAUUGAAAUGACAAUGUCGGACUCCGUUAGCGGCCAACCUAGCGACGGGGCCAAAUCCUUAUCCACUCUGAAGAAGCAGGACUACCUUCUGGGAAUCGGCUUAUUGCUGGUGGUCGUGUUCUUAUGGACGUCGUCGAACUUCAUUACCCAGGACCUCCUUGAGACGGGAUACGAAAAGCCAUUCAUAAUAACGUAUCUAAACACGAGUGCAUUCGUGGUCUAUCUCCUCCCAUUUCUCUAUCGACAGUUUCGUGAAUCCCGAAGUUACGGCAAAGCUCGGACCACAGAUGGAUACCAAUCCCUUGCCGUCGACGCUACCCAAGGGGACAGCGAAGCUGGAAUUCAACAACCUGCACCAACGCUGAACAACGAAGAUGGUCUGCCACCCCUGACCAUACGGGAAACUAUUAAACUGGCCUCUAUAUUCUGUAUAUUCUGGUUCAUCGCAAACUGGUCGGUAAACGCGGCUUUGGAAUACACGAGCGUCGCCAGCGCCACCAUAUUGUCGAGCAUGAGCGGCUUCUUCACAUUAGCAAUCGGGCGAAUAUUUCGUGUAGAAACAUUCACGAUGGCCAAGAUCGCUGCUAUUGUGAUGAGUUUCAUCGGCGUCGUUUUCGUGUCUAUAUCUGAUACAUCGGAAACACGAACAGAGAACCUCGUCCCCCGCGCAAUGAUUAAUACAUCCCCUUCACUAACGUCUCCCUCACGACCGCUGCUAGGGGAUUCUCUCGCUCUCCUCUCAGCAGUAUUCUAUGCGCUCUACGUCAUCCUUCUCAAGGUUCGCAUCAAGUCUGAAUCCCGCAUCGAUAUGCAAUUGUUCUUUGGAUUCGUUGGCCUCUUCAACAUCAUAGGCUGCUGGCCCAUUGCUGUCAUCCUACACUAUACUGGUCUCGAGCCUUUCUCUCUGCCACAUGGUAGGAAAGCGAUAAUGGCCAUCUUGAUGAACAUGUUUAUCACUUGGUCGAGCGACUACAUCUACGUGCUAGCAAUGCUCAAGACUACCCCGCUUGUUGUCACAGUUGGCCUUAGUCUGACGAUUCCUCUCGCUGUGGUCGGAGACUUCUUCCUGGCCAAGCCGACCAAGGGCCAGGUUAUCGUUGGCGCCAUUCUUGUUGUGAUUGGGUUUAUUACAAUUGGGGUAGAUGGUCCGGGGCAUGAGGGCUCUGAGGAAGAACACGUCGCGGCGGGUGCCAGUAGCCACCCGAGACGUUCGCAAUCAGUGGCUCCUGAGGAACCAAAGGAUAGAAGAAAACGCUUGGGUGGUCACUCACCAUCAGCCAAAAUCGAUGUUAGCAAACGUCGCUUCGUUGCUGACGGUCCUACGGAGCAGGUGCUCGUAGGGAGUUUGGCAGCGGAAAAUGAUACAACGGCGAGCGAAAUCCUUCAAUUGGGGGACGCGACGGACAAACCACCAUCGUUCACGAAGCGUGAAAAGCAGCAGCUGAAGCACGAAGCAUUCUUACAGCGCUUGGAGUCGGCGCAGACCCCUUAUUCGAAGUCGCACAACCGUAGAAUGAAGCGGAAAGCUAAGGAACAAGUUGCGGGGGGGCUGUCGUCGAUGCAUGAAGCGAUCUCAAUCAUGGCGGAAGAGGCCGGCCUACCUCAGGACGAUCUGAAGGCAGAUUCGUUAUCAACAGUCCAGCCUGCGCGAGCGAAAUCGGGACAGAUUGGACAGGGAAAGAGCGUCCCCUUGUCAAACGCGCAACGCAAACGUGCUUUAGAACUUGAGAAACUUAGGCAGCCUCUCAUUCUCUCAACUCCACAAUUCGCAGCCAGUCCAUUCCAGACCAUACGACAGCACGCCACGAAUUCGUUACUAAAACAUCAGGUCCCCAGCUAG